UUUCACCCCUCCUCCCUGUCGUCUACCUCGCCCCACCCACCUCAGGCAGAGUCAAGGCAGACCUGUGUCUCUGUUCUUCGCCGCCCAAGGAGAAUCCACCAGACGGAGCAAAGGCGGACGAACAGCCCCCUCGCCGUGGAGCUGGUCGACAGCGGCGAGGCUUACCCUCCUCCGUCACUCAGCCGGGGUAACAGCCUGAGUAAGCAAGAGGAUUUCUAUUCAAGGGGCCUUAGUUCUAGAGGGUGAAGAUGUCCGAUUUAUUUAGUGGGAUUCAAGCAGCUAUGGUUAUCAAUCGAGUAGAGAACAGUGAGCAGUCACCUGAAGAUUGGAAUAGCGACUGUGAUGGAUCCGGUGGUUCAUCAGGUUUGCCGGGCACGCCGUGCUUUACGUCCAGGCUUUCUUUGCUCAAAGUUGGUUCAGUCAUAGGCCAGUUUAGUGAUUUUAAGCGACAGUUAAUCAAGGAAACCGGAUUUGAUGGAAUGCUAGAGCUCAAAUCAUGGCAGAAGAUCAGCCUUAAGUACAGCGCUUACCUAAUGGAUAGGGUUGAUGUAGAUUCCAGCAUAAUAAAUUUAGAGGGCCAAGGUGUGAUUGAAUUACGUGACCAACACUUUAAUUCUGUUUUUGCCCCCAUGUGGCAAUACAGUCAUAGAAGGUGAAGGCGUGGAGCCGUCAGAAGCAUGUAUUGAGUACACGCGUGUGGCUGCAUCAUUUAGCGAAAGAGGCAUGCACAGUCUUAAAGCGGCUGAGGCGUACUUAAAUCGAGCCAUCACAGAAUCAUCCACACAGAUAGAGAAGGACUGUUUCAAGAUUGCAUUUGUUAUUUUUGUAGUCGGUAAUGUACUUGCUCCUACUGCUAAGCACGAUUAUAUAUCGAUAGACUUUUGGGCUGCACUGAAUGAUAUCAGCAAGAUAAAGGAUUGGAAUUGGGGAGGAUAUGUACUUAAGCAUCUGUUUCAAGCUAUGAGGAAGUUCAAAGCAGAUGUGUCCAAGAGAAACCCAACUGUCCACAUAGUUGGCUGUCAUCUGUUCCUGCAGAUAGUCUUGAUCUAGGCGUUCUAAACAUGUUGCGAGGUGUAACACCGCGGAUAGGUCUGUACAACUAUGAUGCGAUGAAGAAGAUGGUGGAAAAAAUUACAGUCAAUGUUGGUGCGGGUGAAGUUUCCUUCCACGGUGCAACGGUACCCCCCCAGGUGCUAAAAUAGAUUACUGAUUGGAAAUGCAAUCAUUUUCAUUCAUGACAUGCAAUGACCAUAUUCGCAACUCAACGGGUACGGACCGAGCUGUCAGUGAGCAAUCUAAUUGGCUUCCCUUCUAAGGAAUGUCCCACAGCAAAGCCAGCAAAGCCGGCACCGGCUCCCAAGAGGGGAAACGCCACAUGCACGCCGAUGUUGCGAAGUAGUUAUGCCAAAACUGGUCCGCAGGAGUUUUCAAAUUACAUACGAACACGCUACCCAAGUAUAUCAGCGCAGAAGCUUGGUAUACUUCUACGGGAGCAGAAUGCUCGCGGCCUAGCAAACAUAUCAGAAAUGCGUCAAGCGUUCCAGUCCAAUAUGUUCAAUUUCACAGACAAGCUUAUGUCAUGCUUAGCAGAGAGUUGCACUUGUUGUAAGGCACAUGGCAACAAAAAAUGCAUCUUGGAAAAUGAAGGAACAAAUACUUGCGAUCCCCCCUCAUGUAUCAACAGAUCAAACUCAAUUCAGCAUGUCGUUAGCCAGCAAGAUUGGACCCCGACUACCAGCACCAGGCAACCCUGGAGGUUGCCUGUCUGUCAAUAGUUCCGUGUCUAGGAAAAGGGAUGGCAGUUUAUCAUCAAGCAUACAGUCGGGCACAGCAAAGAAAACAUGUUCACGAGAGACAGAGACCGCCCUCGCCGCAAUACCAACAUGUGGGCAAGACCCACUCAAUCAUAUCCCCAUAUCCCAGGAUGCAACUGUCAAGGAAAUCGCGAGCAAAAUUGCUGCUUUUUAUGAUGACCUUACAGCCAUCUUGGUUACUUAAUAUGCUGAGAUACGUCCAGCCCCCGGAUUCAUAUUGUUUGGAUCAACCACCGAUGGAGCACAUGUGAAGAUCGAUCUCCCUCAAUGCAAAUUUGGAAGAGAUCCGUGGGUCGCCGGAUCAGUCCCAGUGCCACCAAACCCAACUGUACUCAGGGCCAUAAAAGACUGGAUGAGUGCAACCUCGAUGUUAAACCUUGAGAGGAAAUGGAUCGUGCAUCCUAAGCCAAGACUCAUAACAUUAGAGGGUGUUGAAAUCCAGCGUCAGCUUGCAUCUAACGAUGCAAUGACCCAUGAGAUGGCUACAGCUAUUUUUCGCAGGCUUGGGCAAGUUGAUUUGUUUUUCUCAAAGGACAGUACUGGACAGAUAUGGAGGAAAUUCGUCGAGCCCGACUUUGCUACAACUGUUUUAUCGAACGCCGACCCAAUGACCAUACAAUCAAUCAGGGCCAGCUUCCAAGAAGGAACAUCAUCCUGCAACCCAGCUUCGUGCCGAAUGUGGUACAUCCCGACGAUACUACCUGAUGAUUGGACUGUCUAUGCUUUUGAUAUGUUGCGGAAAAGAAUAAUUGUAUUAGACCCAGCAGUUGGCCUGUUUGGCUAUAGCAACCGCCGAGUCAGCAUGCAUGAAUUUGUGAGCAACAAACUCCAUGCCGCGUUGUUCACAUGCCUCCAGAAUUUCUUCAGCUCUUGGCAUUGUGAAUCAAGCCACUGGGGGCACACUUUUCCGAUCAUAAUGAGGGAAAAGAUUGAGAAAGAGCAGACUGGGUUGUGUGCCACCUUCUUUGCAUGGAAUUACGACGGCGACAAGCUACAGACACCACUAAACAAAGACACACUUGCAUCACACAGCAGCCUAAUGAUCUACGAACUAAUGAGGAUGCAAGGCAACCAAACUCCAGUGGCAAACGACGUCCUUGAAGCGGUCAAAGUAUCGCUCACUGCUCUUUAGAAUACUGUUCUAACUACCGAAAAUUUCUUCCCAACUGGAUUGUAUUAUAACUAGAGAUUACAACCAUUUCAGGGGCCACCUGGCCCAAAACUAUGUCUGACGAUCGGUUACUACUUAUUUGUGUCGAGUGCAAAUUUCUAGCACA